GAGAGAGCUAGAGAACCAAAGAGGUGAAACAUGGAUGCUACCAUGGAUGAUGAACAAGUUGUGCUUCCAGGGUUUCGGUUUCAUCCCACAGAUGAAGAACUCGUUUCAUUUUAUCUUCGGAGAAAGAUAGAGAAAAAGCCCAUUAGUUUUGAACUCAUCAAACAGAUGGAUAUUUACAAAUACGAUCCCUGGGAUCUUCCAACGAAUAGUAGUGUUACAGACAAGGAGUGGUAUUUCUUUUGCAAAAGAGGGAGAAAGUACAGGAAUAGCAUACGACCCAAUAGAGUUACGGGGUCCGGAUUUUGGAAAGCAACAGGCAUAGACAAGCCGAUAUAUUCUGUUCAAGGACGAGGACAUGACUGCGUUGGACUCAAGAAAUCAUUAGUAUACUACCGUGGAAGUGCAGGAAAAGGCACCAAAACUGAUUGGAUGAUGCAUGAGUUUCGUCUCCCUGCAGACCAGAAAAAUACUACUCACAAUGCCACGACUGCUGAUGACGAAGUUGAAAUAUGGACGCUUUGUCGGAUUUUUAAGCAAAAUGUGUCAUACAGAAAGUCGACACCAGAUUGGAGAGAAACAUCUGCAAAACGCAAGCCAACAAAGUCAAGGCCUAAAACAGGCAAUAUGGAUUCAGAAAAUUGGGAAGGUUACAUAAGUUUUGGAGCUCCAGAGGCUCUUGAUAACGAGAAGAAGCUUUUUGUUGGUCACAAUAUGAAUGAAAGAAACCAGUUCCAUGUGGUUUCAGAUCCAGAGUCAUGCUUUAGUGUUUUGAGUGAGGAAGCUAGGGAGUUCUUUACAAAUAGGAAUUGGGAUGAGAUCUUAUCAGCCAUGGACUAUGAUUUUGAUCCAUAUCAUUUUUAACUAACCAUGCAAGUAUGUAUUAAUUUGCAUGAAUUCAUUA